AUGCGGAGAACAAUCUACCUCCUGACCGCCCUGGUCGCCUUCUGUCUGGGCCUGUCCCUCGGCCUCGCGAUCCCCGUCUACAUCCGACUAGAUCUCAGGAACAACACCGUCAGGCAGCCCGAGCCCCAGCACUUCGUCAGUGUCAGCUUCCUCAGCGACAACAGCGUCGAAGACACCAGGCCUUCCACUGUAGUCGAUGGCAUCUACUGGGGCGAGCAAGUCGAAGCGUCAUUACCCACAGGAUAUGGAGAACCAGAAGCGGAGAGGUGGCGACGAUUCAUCAAGAGUAACCCAGUAGUGAAGAUAGAAGAAGGUUGCGGACGGAUGCAGAACAGAAUGCUGACUUUCGAAGACGGUACCAAGGCCUGCUGCAGGUAUCGGCAGAACACGGAUCAGAUCCAAGGGGAACUGUUCAGCUUCUAUUUGGGUCGACUUCUGGGGAUAACGAACCUGGCACCCUCUGCACUCGGAGUGGUCCAGAGCAGAGACCCCGUCUGGUCCAAAGUCCGUUCACAGAUCAACCUCGCCCAGUGGGCCGAAGAGAGGCCCGUCGUCCUCACCAAGUACGUGGACGACCUCGGGCCCGCUCAGAUACCCAAAUCGUUGAGAACGCCCUCGAGAAAACUACAUCCACAAGAUGUCCAAGGGGACAAAGAGCGCCUCAUCGAGCUGGCGCAGUGGUCAGAUCUCAUCGUCUUCGACUAUCUGACCGCGAACCUCGACAGGAUCGUCAACAAUCUUUACAAUCUGCAAUGGAAUCCAGGUAUGAUGGACGCGCCGGCUCAUAAUCUCGCCAAGAGCUCUAAAUCCAACCUCUUGUUGUUCUUAGACAACGAGAGUGGUCUACUUCAUGGAUACAGGCUCCUCGACAAGUACGAAUCGUAUCACAGUGUACUGCUCAACGCUCUCUGCGUCUUCCGACGAUCGACUGUGGAGAUGGUUGAGCAGUUACGACGCAGCGGUAACGUCGGAGAUCUCCUCAACUCUCGGCUGAGCUCGGAGCGGGACGCUAUCCCAGGCCUCCCGGACAAGAGCGCUCGGAUCCUGAACGACAGGCUGAACCGAGUGCACGACCAGGUGGAGUGGUGCAAGAAGCAGUACCCGCGAUGA